GCAGGCUGGGCUGGGGGCUGCCCGGGCCCUCGACCCCCGGAGCGCGACCCACACCCGCCGCCGCCCCCAAGAUGAUGAAGCGGCAGCUGCACCGCAUGCGGCAGCUGGCCCAGACGGGCAGCUUGGGACGCACGCCGGAGACGGCCGAGUUCCUGGGCGAGGACCUGCUGCAGGUGGAGCAGCGGCUGGAGCCCGCCAAGCGUGCUGCCCACAAUGUGCACAAACGGCUGCAGGCGUGUUUGCAAGGCCAGAGUGGGGCGGACAUGGACAAGAGAGUGAAAAAACUUCCCCUCAUGGCUUUGUCCACCACGAUGGCCGAGAGCUUCAAGGAGCUGGACCCUGACUCCAGCAUGGGGAAAGCCUUGGAGAUGAGCUGUGCCAUCCAGAACCAGCUGGCCCGCAUCUUGGCCGAGUUUGAGAUGACGCUGGAGAGGGAUGUCCUGCAGCCACUCAGCAGGCUGAGUGAGGAGGAGCUGCCGGCCAUCCUCAAGCACAAGAAGAGCCUGCAGAAGCUCGUGUCCGACUGGAACGCCCUCAAGAGCAGGCUCAGCCAGGCAGCCAAGAACUCAGGUAGCAGUCAAGGGCUGGGCGGUGGCCCGAGCAGCCACAGCCACACCACGGCGGCCAACAAGGUGGAGACGCUGAAGGAGGAGGAGGAGGAGCUGAAGAGGAGGGUGCAGCAGUGCAAGGACGAGUACCUGGCUGACCUGUACCACUUUGCCACCAAGGAGGACUCCUAUGCCAACUACUUCAUUCAGCUCCUGGAGAUUCAAGCUGAUUACCACCGCAGGUCGCUGAGCUCACUGGACACAGCCCUGUCUGAGCUGAGGGAGAACCACAGCCAAGCAGACCCCUCCCCCUCGAUGACGGCCGCCCCCUUCUCCAGGGUGUAUGGGGUGUCGCUGGGGACGCACCUGCAGGAGCUGGGCCGCGACAUCGCCCUGCCCAUCGAGGCCUGCGUCCUGAUGCUGCUCUCAGAGGGCAUGAAGGAGGAGGGCCUCUUCCGGCUGGCCGCCGGGGCCUCCGUGCUGAAGCGGCUCAAGCAGACCAUGGCUUCAGACCCGGGCAGCCUGGAGGAGUUCUGUUCCGACCCCCACGCGGUGGCAGGUGCCCUCAAGUCCUACCUUCGGGAGCUGCCAGAGCCCCUGAUGACCUUUGACCUCUAUGACGAUUGGAUGAGGGCAGCGAGCCUGAAGGAGCCGGGCGCGCGGCUGGAGGCCCUGCGGGAGGUGUGCGGCCGCCUGCCCCAUGACAACCUCAACAACCUCAGGUACCUGAUGAAGUUUCUGGCGCGGCUGGCCGAGGAGCAGGAGGUGAACAAGAUGACGCCCAGCAACAUCGCCAUCGUGCUGGGGCCCAACCUGCUGUGGCCGCCUGAGAAGGAAGGGGACCAGGCCCAGCUGGACGCGGCUUCGGUGUCUUCCAUCCAGGUGGUGGGUGUGGUCGAGGCUCUGAUCCAGAGCGCGGACACUCUGUUCCCUGGAGACGUCAACUUCAAUGUGUCGGGCCUCUUCUCGGCCCUCGCCCCACCGGACAAGGUCGGGGCCAGGCCGGCCUCGGGGGAGCUGCCACCCACCGCCGGGCCCGUCCCGGCCGCCACCCUGGCUCCAGCUCCAGCUCCAGUUCCAGCCCCAGCCGCGGUGACCUCCAGAGAAAGGACAGACCUGGACGCGCCCCCCAGACCAGCCUCCCCCAAGGUCAGCAGAAGCCCCCCAGAGACAGCUGUCCCGGCAGAGGAUACGGCUCGGAGGACCAAGCGCCCCGCGCCCGCCCGGCCCACCAUGCCGCCCCCCCAGGUUGCCAGCGCCCGCUCUUCCUCUCCAGCUCCACCUCUGCCCUCUGGCUCUGGCAGCCCCGGGACCCCCCGAGCUCUGCCCCGCCGCCUGGUUGGCAGCAACCUCCGGGCCCCCACGGUACCGCCCCCGCUGCCCCCAGUGCCCCCCCUGCCCGCCCGGCGUCACAGCCGGCGUUCCCCGGCCUCCCCCAGCCCCGCCUCCCCGGGGCCAGCCGUGCAUAGCCCGCACAGCCCGGUCUCUCUCAGCGGAGAGGAGGGAACCGGAGAGGAGGGAGGGGCCCCGGAGGCUGUCGCUGGGACCCCCCCUCCCCAGGCUGUGCCGCCUCAGCCCCGGCCCCGGAGCCUUGCUUCAGAGACCGACUGAGGGGCCGUCCCCUCCUCCCCACCUGCAGCCUUUGCCCACAAGUGCCUCGGUGCCCGCUGGGUCGGCCCCCAGGGCGGGAGGGGGCU